AUCUUAUCCAAGAGUGUGAUUCUCCCCACCUUCAUCUGAUGUAUAAUGUCAGUCUUCCCUUUCGCCCAUUAGAAGAGCGAAGGCAGACAAUAAAUAAAUAAAAUGUGCUGUAAGCGCCAUGAGGGCAGGGAACUUGUUUCUCAUUCCUUGUUGCAUCCCCGGGGCCUAGAACACAGCCCACCACAUAGUAGGCACUCAAACUGGAUUGAUCACUGAAUGUAGACACCAACUGAGUACCCAUCUUCAUAUAAACUAGAAGAGUUUCUUCAGUAACAAGGUUUGCCUCUUCCAAAGGACUGAGGAGGUGCCUUGGGCAAGGGCUAGAGUGCUGUGAUGACAGGCGGCAGCCACACCUGAGCUCUGUGUCCUGGUCCAGAACCAGUGAUUUACUGUCCAGUGCUAGUCAGAGGGUGCCUGAGGAGACGGGCUUGGUUCUGGGCCAUGCUAGAAGUUGGGAGCCUGUCUGUAGAGCUUGUGGUGUGGCUUGUAUAGUCUUGGGCCCUACCAAAGCCAAGACUUCUUACCCAUUUUAGAAAGGUUUAGACUUAGAUCCAACCCAUCUUUGUUAGUUCUGUAUUCCUGGGGUAUUUGUUUGUGUUGAUCUAUCUCAACAGUGAGCCUCUAGUUCCAAAUGCAUUAUCAGAAACCUCAGAAGAGGACCUUCAACUACCCAGAGCCUAGUCUGAAUGGAUGGAAAGGGGAGACUUUCGAAGCAGUAUGUGAAACUUUGAGAAAUGGCUUGUUGGAAGUGAAAAAAUUAGGACAAACUCAACAAUAGAAAUGGAGGAAGUGAGGUGAAGUCCUUACCAAGACCGUCAAACUCACCUUUGACAUUUACUCUGCCGGUGACUCCAUCAAAUGCAGGAGUCAGAAUGUACCUGCACUGCAGCUAGGGAUCUGUGGACAGAACGGAAGAUAGGGCCACGCAAUAGCUAGCAUCUAAUUAGAUAAUGCAGGCAUUUUGCUUGCAUUAUCUAAUCCUCACAGUAAUCAUAUGAGGCAAAUACUGCUCACGUGCUCUUUUACAGAUGAGGAUACUGAGGCUGGAGAAGGGAUCCACAAAUGCUAAAGAACUCUCUUCCAAGGGAGUGAAGAUCUGGGAUGCCAACGGUUCCCGAGACUUUCUGGACAGCCUGGGAUUCUCCACCAGAGUAGAAGGGGACCUCGGCCCAGUUUAUGGCUUCCAGUGGAGGCAUUUUGGGGCAGAAUACACAGAUAUGAAUUCAGAUUAUUCAGGUAAAGGAGUAGACCAGCUGCAAAAAGUGGUUGACACCAUCAAAACCAACCCUGACGACAGAAGAAUCAUCAUGUGUGCUUGGAAUCCAAAAGAUCUCCCUCUGAUGGUGCUGCCUCCGUGCCAUGCCCUCUGCCAAUUCUACGUGGUGAAUGGUGAGCUGUCCUGCCAGCUGUACCAGAGGUCAGGAGACAUGGGCCUCGGCGUGCCUUUCAACAUCGCCAGCUAUGCGCUUCUCACGUACAUGAUCGCGCACGUCACAGGCCUGAAGCCAGGUGACUUUGUACAUACUUUGGGAGAUGCACAUAUUUACCUGAAUCACAUCGAACCGCUGAAAAUUCAGCUUCAGCGAGAACCAAGACCUUUCCCGAAGCUCAAAAUUCUUCGAAANAGGAGGAGGAAAUGUGGCUGUCCUUGA